AUGACACGUGUAGCUUCAUUUUCAUGCAUCACAAAGGGCACGGGACCGAAACGGGCGACAUGGCUGAAGCCGCAAUGUGCGAGUCAGGCUGACCAGCCCGGGCCGGAUCCGGCUUUGGCGAAAGCCCAGAGCCUCAAUCCGGCUCUUGGCAUCUGGGCACUGCUCUUCCAGCAGCUACGACUGGGCCUCUGCAACUUGCGCAACGGUGGUGUCAUGAUGUUCCGACUGAACUGCAAG